AAAGAGGACGGACGGAUGUUCUCUGUUCUCUGAUUCAACUCAGCUCCUUAUUCCCCCUCUCAUUCUGCUCAAGUGCUGCUACACUUUCCUUUCACCUGCUCCGGAUGUUUCUCUCCUCCACAAGUUAACGGCAGAGCGGCUCAGUCAGCAGCAGCUCCCUUUAUUCCCGACUAUACUCGGACAGGUGGGGAUGAUGAUGGCGAGGCGGCCGGUGCGUCUCUCUCCCACGCGGGUCUGGCCGCUGCUGUGGCCGCUGCUGGGGACCUGCUGCGGGCUGGCGGGGGCCCAGGGGCCCGGCCAGGGGCCCGGAGCCGGGCUCAACGGCUACAGCCUGCACCCGCCCUACUUUAACCUGGCCGAGGGCACCAAGAUCACCGCCACGGCGACCUGCGGGGAGGACGAAGGGGGCAAGAGCGUGCACGACCUGUACUGCAAGCUGGUGGGAGGCCCGGUGUCGGGGGACCCGAGCCACACCAUCCAGGGCCAGUACUGCGACAUCUGCAGUCUUGGGGACAGCGAUCGUGCCCAUCCCAUCACCAACGCCAUUGAUGGGACAGAACGAUGGUGGCAGAGUCCACCUCUAUCUCGCAGCACAGAAUUCAAUGAAGUGAACGUGACUCUGGACCUUGGACAGCUCUUCCAUGUGGCCUAUGUGUUGAUUAAAUUUGCCAACUCCCCCCGUCCAGACCUCUGGGUUCUGGAGAGAUCUACUGACUUUGGAAAGACCUACCAACCAUGGCAAUACUUUUCUUCCUCCAUGACAGACUGUAUUGAGCGUUUCGGACAGAGGACCAUUGAGAGGAUCAACAGAGACGAUGAUGUCAUCUGCACCACUGAAUACUCACGCAUACUGCCGCUUGAAAACGGAGAGAUUGUGGUGUCCCUGGUGAAUGGUCGUCCCGGGGCGAUGAACUUCUCCUACUCUCCACUGCUGAGGGAGUUCACCAAAGCCACCAACAUCCGGCUCCGCUUCCUGAGAACAAACACGCUGCUGGCACACCUGAUGGGGAAGGUGCUGCGUGACCCCACCGUCACCCGCAGGUAUUACUACAGUAUCAAAGACAUCAGUAUCGGAGGGCGUUGUGUGUGUAACGGACAUGCGGAGGCCUGCGAUGCCAAGGACCCCAACGACCCCUACAAGUUGCUGUGUGACUGUAAGCACAACACCUGCGGGGUGUCAUGUGAUCAGUGUUGCCCAGGAUACAACCAGUUACCAUGGAAACCUGCUACAACCUACAGUGCCAAUGAGUGUGAACUCUGCAACUGUCACCGUCAUUCUUUUGACUGUUACUAUGACCCUGAGGUUGAUGGGAAGAGAGAGAGCCUGGACAUCCACGGGCAACACAGAGGAGGUGGGGUCUGCCUCAACUGUCAGCAUCACACCACUGGAGUCAACUGUGAGCGCUGCAUCCCCACCUACUACAGGUCGCCUGAUCACCCCAUUGACUCCCCACUGGCCUGUUCACCCUGUAAUUGUCAGUCAGAGUUUACAGAGGGAACCUGUGAGGAUCUGACUGGCCGCUGUUUCUGCAAACCAAACUACAUCGGGGAGAACUGCGACUUGUGUGCCAGUGGCUUCAGUGGUUUCCCUGAGUGUUACCCCACCUCCAUAUUGCCCAAUAGCAACAAUGGUGAGGCCAAGCCUGCUGGAGAGAUCAUCAACUGUGAGUGCAGUGCAGCAGGUACAGUGGAUAACUCCUGCAGACCAGACCCUCGAACUCGAACCUGCGUCUGUAAACCAGGAUUCACUGGGGAUGAUUGUGACACCUGUGCUCCAGGUUUCUAUGGACCCAACUGUGAAGCCUGUCAGUGCAGGGGUCCAGGCUGUCUGGAUGGGUCAUGUGACUUAUUGACUGGACAUGGAACGUGUCGGAGCGGUUUCCAGGGUUACCUUUGUGACCAGUGUGCUCCUGGUUACUUUAACUACCCACUCUGCCAACUGUGUGGCUGCAGCAGGGUCGGCUCGCUGCCUGAAGCCUGCGAUGCUUCUGGCCACUGUCUGUGUAAACCAGAGUUCCAGGGUCCUCGCUGUGAACAGUGCACAUCUGGAUUCCAUUCCUACCCCAACUGUCAGGAAUGCACCUGUAAUCCUCACACGUCAGUGAACAGCAACUGCACCUCGUCGGGCAUGUGCCACUGCCGGCCCGUCUUCAGUGGAGCGUUGUGUGACCGGUGUGCUCCUGGUUACCAUGGCUAUCCAAGUUGCACACCUUGUCAGUGUUCUCCGGAAGGCUCCCGUUAUUCCAGCUGUGACCAGGGGACAGGACAGUGUGUCUGCCUCCCCAACGUGGUCGGGCUGAGGUGUAGCAGCUGUGCACACGGCUCCUACGGCUUCCCCCACUGCCAAGCUGGUACAUGUCACCCUGCCGGCUCUGUGCAGUAUGUGGUGCAGCCAGAGGGGGGUCAGUGUGAAUGUCGUCGUCAUGUGGAGGGUCCGGCUUGUGACAGAUGUAAGCCCCUUUACUGGAACCUCUCCCCGGACACCCCUGAUGGAUGUUCCAACUGUGAGUGUGAUGUGUCAGGGACUCUGAGUGGUGUUGCGGAGUGUGCACAGGAAUCUGGUCAGUGUCACUGCAAGCCCAACAUCUGCACUGGACUGUGCUCUGCCUGCAAAGAAGGCUACUAUAACAUGCAAGGUGGCCACUACUUUGGCUGUCAGGGGUGCCAGUGUGACAUUGGCGGCUCAGUUGGUCGGUCUUGUGGAGACCGAAGUGGUCAAUGUCGCUGCAGACCCAAUGUGGAGGGACAAAAAUGUAACCGUCCGCGUCCAGAUCAUUAUUUUCCAGACCUCCACCAUUUGAAGCUUGAGGUUGAGGAUGGAGCCAUGGCAGAUGGCCGAGCGGUGCGAUUUGGCUACAGUCAGCAGGAGUUCCCCGACUUCAGCUGGAGAGGUUAUGCUCAGAUGUCCCCCAUUCAGUCCAAGGUGUUGGUGUCGGUGUCGGUCACGUCUCCAGACCUCUUCCAUGUGGUGCUGCGCUAUGCCAACUGGGGCGAUUCGGAUGUCCAGGGCAGGGUGUCUGUCAUAGAGGAUGGAUGGAACCACUACUGUGGUAACUGUUCGGAGCAGUCCAAACAAAUCGUCUUCGCUCCCACUGACCAGCCGACCUUUGUCAGUGUUCCCCAGAGCAGUUUUGUGGAACCCUUUGUCCUGAACCCAGGAACGUGGACUGUUGUUAUAGAGGCUGAGGGGAUCCUGCUGGACUACCUGGUUCUCCUGCCCAGUGCCUACUAUGAAGCUCCCAUCCUGCAGAUUAGAGUUACUGACGAGUGCACCUACGAAUCUGCACCUGACGCCAGCAAGAACUGUCUGCUGUACAAGUAUCUGUCUCUGGAGUCGUUCCCCUCCAUCUCUGGUCCUGAGGCGAGCUGCCGUCUUGAUAAUCACCUGCCACGCCCCUGCUUAACUAAGAAAAUUACCCCACGCCACCCUGAAAUGGCUGUCUGCAGCGGAUAUGAUAUUAGCGUUGAGCUUCGAGGGCGUCUAUCAUCUCCAGGAGAGUAUGUUCUGGUGGUUGAGUAUUCCAGCGAAGAAGAGUUGCCCCAGACUCUGUCUGUAACCGUGAACGGGCCGCGUGCACGAAUACACCAACACCGGCUCACCCUUCUGCACUGCAAAUACAGCUCCCUGUGUCGAGGCGUGGCCAUCGAUGAACAGAACCGAGUGGGCACCUUCUCCUUACCUGCUGAUGCAGAGGUCCAGCUCUCUUCUGACCAGGCCAGCUUCUUCCUGCACAAAGUGUACCUGGUGCCUAAGAACCAGUUUACUAUGGAGUAUGUGGAACCUAAAGUCCACUGCAUCAGCACUCAUGGCCAGUUCUCACCUGACAGUUCCUCCUGUGUGCGGUCACGCUUCCAGAUCCCAACAGGCUCUAUGGUCCUGAAUGAAGGCCAGAGUUCUUCCACGCAGGAAGAGGAGAUGCCAGUACAGGCUUCUCCUCCCGAGGCUUCUGCUCUCCGCUUAUACCAGAGUGAUGAUCCUGUCUGGAUGGGAGAACUCAGACCUCCCUUUGGUGAAGAUAACAACCACCAUAUGCGACUGGAUUCUAAUCAGAAUGCUGCAGUGUACUCAGCUCGUGUCCAUUCGCUUGGGCGUUACGUGUUUAUUCUGCACUAUCACCAGCCUGGUCACCCCACGUAUCCCGUGCAGGUCUUCAUUAACGGAGGACGGAUCUGGCAGGGUCACAUUAACGCUUCCUUCUGUCCUCACGCUUACGGCUGCCGUAACGUGCUGGUCGCUGAGAAUCAGAUCAUGCUGGAUGUGACGGACUAUAAUGUCUUCCUCACGGUACAGAUACCUGCGGGCAAGACAUUGUGGCUGGAUUAUGUGUUAGUCGUUCCUGAGAAAAGCUACAGCUCCAAUUACCUGAACGAGGAACCGCUGGACAAAUCCUAUGACUUCAUCAGCAGCUGUGGCCAAAACAGCUUCUACAUCAAUCCCUCCACCAGCUCUCCGUUUUGCCUCAACGCUGCAGUGUCUCUGUCGGCCUUCUUCAACAACGGAGCGCUGCCCUGCGGCUGCCACAACGCCGGGGCUGAGGGGGACACUUGUGAGCAGUUUGGCGGCCAGUGCCGCUGCAAGCCAAAUGUGAUUGGACGAGACUGCUCCAUGUGUGCAACAGGCCACUGGGGAUUCCCCAGAUGCAGACCCUGUAACUGUGGUACGAGGUUAUGUGAGCCGGAGACGGGAGACUGCAUCUGUCCACCGAGGACUCUACUACCGGAGUGCUCCCAGUGCCAGCCGCAGACGUUUGGCUGCCACCCGGUCGUGGGCUGUGAGGUCUGCAACUGCUCCAGGCCGGGUGUCGUCUCCAGUGACGUCACCUGUGACACUUCCAGCGGACAGUGCAGAUGUAAGAACAACAUUGUAGGCCGCCAGUGUGACCGCUGUGCCUCCGGCUUCUACGGGUACCCUGACUGCAGGCCCUGCAACUGCAACGAAGCAGGAACUGAGGAGGAAGUGUGUGACUCCUUUACAGGACAGUGCCUAUGCAAGGAGAACAUCCAGGGUGCUCGAUGUGAUCAGUGCAGAAUUGGUACCUUUCACUUGGACCCAACCAACCCAAAAGGAUGCACCAGCUGCUUCUGCUUUGGAGCCACAGUCCAGUGUCACAGCUCUGACAAAAGACGCACAGAGAUCAUGGACAUGGAAGGUUGGGUGCUCCUCGGAGCAGACAGACAGGAAGUGCCAGUCACGGUGUAUCCGGGUCAGGACCUUGUGGAGGCCGACCUCAGCGAUGUGCCGGACGUCUACCAGGAUCUCCACUGGAACGCUCCCAAGACUUACCUGGGAGACAAAGUCUCAUCCUAUGGGGGUUAUCUGAGGUACCGGCUUCACACCCAGACUAUGAGAGGGGAUUCGUUGGCUCUGCCUUCAGAAGCUCCCAGGCCUGACAUCAUUCUGAAGGGAAACAAGAUGACCCUGGUGUUCAUGGAGAGAGAGUACUCGUCACCUGAAGAGCCUCACCUUGGAAUUGUUCACAUAGUUGAAGGAAGUUUCCAUCACAUCCAAACGGGUAACUCCGUGUCUCGGGAGGAGCUGAUGAUGGUUCUGGUUAGUCUGGACUCUCUGCAGAUCCGGGCCCUGCACUCUCUGUCGGCCCACUCCGUGUCGCUGCGCAGUGCGGUUCUGGAGGGGGCCGAGAGCCUGCCUACUGGUCGCCAUGCCAACAAUGUGGAAAUCUGCAUGUGUCCUGCCAACUACGUGGGAGACUCGUGUCAGAAAUGUGCUCCAGGAUACUACCGGGAUACUAUUGGCCUGUUUCUGGGGAAAUGUGUUCCCUGUAACUGUAACGGACACUCUGACCAGUGUCAGGACGGUUCUGGAGCCUGUGUGAACUGUCUGCACAACACUGCUGGCAACUACUGUGAGAAGUGCAAGGGGGGUUUCCUGGGUAACAACAGCCUCGAUGGACAAGCUGUGUCCUGCUUCAGUUGUCCCUGCCCGCUAAGGGUCGCAUCCAACAAUUUUGCAGAAGGUUGUGUGGAGAAAACCAACAGCAUGCAGUGUCUCUGUAUGCCGGGUUAUGCUGGACCAAAGUGUGAAAGAUGCUCCCCAGGUUUCUACGGCAACCCCAUGGUUCUUGGGAGUAGAUGUCAACCAUGCAGUUGCCACGACAACACAGAUCCAAACAUGCUGUUUACUGACUGUCACCCUCUGACUGGAGAGUGUCUGAGCUGCAUGCACAACACUGCAGGAGCUCACUGUGACGUGUGUGCUCCUGGCUUCUACGGAGACGCCAUCAGGGCCAAGAACUGCACCAAAUGUGUCUGUUCUAAAUGUGGAACGGAUUCAUGCGAUCCUCACACGGGAGAGUGUCGCUGUAAAGGAGGAGUGAUGGGGCAGCACUGCGACCGCUGCGUGGACGGGUCAUUUGGCUUUGAUGCGUGCUCUGGCUGCCACCAGUGUGACUGUGAGGCGUCAGCCGCCCUCGUGCAGCCGUGCGAUCCUCAGAGUGGUCAGUGUGCGUGUCAGCCCGGGGUCAACGGGCCGAGCUGUCGCCAGUGUGCUCCUGGAUACUGGAACUAUGGCCCUGAUGGAUGCAAGAAGUGUAAUUGUAGAGGAGGUCGCUGUGACCCCCGGACAGGAGAGUGCCGCUGUCCUGAUGGGAGGACGGGAAAACAAUGUGACACCUGCUCACAAAGAUACCACACCCCAGUGGAGGACGAGCAUGGCAUGCAUUGUGAACCCUGUGACAGCUGUGUCAUUGUCCUGUUGGAGGAUCUGGAUAAAAUGGACAACAAUUUAAGCUCAGUAGCGAGUCGGCUCAGAGAUGUCAACGCCAGCUCGAUGGCCUGGUCUCAGCUGCAAGAGCUCAACAAUUCUGUCGCGGUCGUUGCUGUUGCCAUGGACACCUUCAACAGCACACUAGAGGACAGUAGGAGACGAGCUGACAUGUUGGAUGAUGAGAUUAUGAAUAUCAGCUAUGAUAUUGAUGAACUGCAGAAAAAGGCGGGAGUAACGAAUGAGAGAGCCGGGGACGUCCAUAACGGCACGUUGGACACACGCCAGAGGGCAGAGGACCUGCUGUCCUUCAUCGCCAACAUCACCACGGACAUUAACGGCAUCCUGAAAACGGCAAACCAAACUUCAAAUAAAACUGAUGCAGACCAGGGCAUUGAAGACCGAGAUGGGAAGAUGAGAGAAGUGGAGGCCCUGCUGAGGGAGAUGAGAUUUAGAAGCUGUGUGGGACAGAAGAAACUGGCUGAAAAGGAGAAGACAGCAGCAGAGAAAUUGUUGGAGCGCGUUAACAAAGAGUUGGCAGGUCGUCAAGAAGAAAACAAGGACUUAUCAAACGCGAUCAGACAGCACCUGGCUAACUUCCAGUCUGAAAUGAUGGACCUCCGAGACGCCUUGAACGGAGCGGAGAACAACACUGCCAGGGCUGUGGAGCUGAACAGCGUUAAUGAGAGGACGCUGGAGGACUAUAAUAGGAGGAUUGAUGACCUGCUGUUGAAGCAGAAGGAAGUGAUCAGGCAGCUGAACGUGGCUGAAGAUGAUGUCGCUCAACUCAACAAUGUGCUGACAAUGUUGCACGACUCCAAAGAGGAGUACGAGCGCGUGGCAGCCCAGCUGGACGGGGCCAGGAUGCCUUUGGCAAAGAGGGUGCAGGACCUUUCUGGGAUCUCAUCCAAAAUCCCUCUGGUGGUGGAGGCAGAGAAACACGCUGAGCUACUGAAUGCUUUAGCCAUGAACUUGUCAAGGGUGGUUGGUGAAACCAACAAGGAUGGAACUGUGGAUGUAACUCAAGUUUACAACAAGAUCAUCAACAACAUCAGAGAAGCAGAGGAGGCUGCCAAAGCGGCUGAGAAGGUUGCAGACAACAAUAAACAGAAAAUUGAAGGCCCAAACUUUGUUGAGGCAGCAAAUGCUAUGAAGGACCACAGCGAGGAGCUGAUUGGCGAAGUGGAAAGGUUGAGAGAUGAUCUGAACAACACGGUGCGGCCCCAGCUGCAGGACCUGCUCAGGCGGCUGGCCGACGCCAGCGCCAAACAAGUUCAAGUGAUGAAGGAUUUGGAAGAAAUUCAGAGGAACCUCAAGAAUACAACAAAUGUGAGUCAGGAGAUCGAUGAAGUAAAGAGAAUUGCAAAUCUUACAAAGAACACUGCCACUCAAGUGGACAGUGCCUUGCGUCCCAUUGAAGACCAGCUGAACCAGUGGAAGCGGACCUACAGAAAUACUAACGCUACCAACAUCAAAACCACCCUGAUGGAGGCUAACAACACUGUGAACAAGCUGGGUGAAACUAUUCCUGCUCUCAUGAGGAAACUGAAUGAACUCCAGAAUCACUCUACACAGAUGCCGAACAUCUCUGAGAACAUCAGCCGCAUCCGGCAGCUCAUUCAGCAGGCGCGCAACGCCGCCAGCAAGGUGAGCGUGCCAGUGAAAUUUAAUGGAGAUUCUGGUGUUGAAGUCCGUACUCCAUCUAACCUGGCUGACCUGGCUGCUUACACCUCCUUGAAAUUCUACAUCACGCUGCCAGAGGGAGCGCGAGCCAAGCGGCAGGACGCCACCAACAAACAGUUUGUCUUCUACCUGGGGAGCAAGGAUUCCAAGGAGUUCCUGGGCAUGGCCCUGGAGGGGAAAAGACUUCACUGGUACUUUAACAUUGGAGGAAAAACUGCUGAGGUGCUGAUGGCUGAAGACGUCAAGUCUGAUGGAAACUUCAACAGCGUCGUCCUAGAGAGGAUCCUCCAGUACGGUCACAUGUCCAUGUCUUCAGAAACCAGUGAGGGGACCCAGAGAGUCACCAAAGCCUAUGCAGAGGCCACGAGUGACCAGGGACUGCUCAACCUCUUAACCAAGGACACCCUCUUCUACGUAGGAGGAUACCCGAGUCAAUUCAGACCACCUCCCCCACUCGCGUUGCCUAACUUUAAGGGCUGUAUUGAGCUGGACAGCCUGAAUGAGGAAGUGCUUAGUCUGUAUAACUUUCAAAAAACCUUUCAACUCAACACCACAGAGGAAAAACCAUGUGGCAGGUCCAAGGCGGCGCUAACACAGGCCUGGGUGAACGAUGCAGCGUACUUCGAUGGUACUGGCUUUGCUGAGAUUACUUUUACAGCAGAGACGGGUCGUUUUCAACGCUUUGAGCAGGAAAUCAAACUGCUCUCUCAUAAGGGAAUCAUUCUCCUGCUUCUCAAGGGGAAUCAGUAUCUGUGCCUGGCAGUGAUUCAAGGAAGACUUAAGGUUUACUAUGAUUUUGAAGACUCUUUAGUGGAACUCAACCCUCAAGUUAAAAAAGAAGAGGAGCUAAAGAUUAGCGACGCAGUCUCAAAAACUCUUGAAAUUAUCAUCCUGCUCGGGGCCACAAAGCGUAUCGUGGUGAGGAGCAGUCGCACCACCGUCUACAGUCACACGUUCACAGAGAAUAUUCCUCAGUUCACCGGCAGCUACUACCUGGGAGGAGUACCAGAACACAAGAUGCCUGAGAAGUUAAAGGCCCAGUUCUCUAAGCAGGGGUCUGUUAAAGCCUGCUUUAGGAACGUGAAGGCUGAGAAUUCUCACAUUGACUUGAAGAGAAUGAAGAGCUCUGGAGUCAGCUUCGGCUGUGACAGUGACCUGCUGGUGGCUCGUGAAGCUCAUUUCAAUGGUCAGAGCUAUCUGAACUUGGCUCUGGCAGGUAUCCCCCACCUGAGGAGUAACUUCUACGUCAGCUUCGGCUUCAGAACUGAAAAUGCAAAAGGACUCAUGUUCUACCAUCGGGACCAGGACGGCAUCUGUCAGGUGUUCCUGCGUGAUGGCCACGUUGUGGCGAGGGCCGGCAACAGUGAAAUUAAGACUCAAAAGACAUACAACGAUGAUAACACCCACUAUGUCGCUGUGUACAUCAACACCAACGGGAUGCGCCUGUACAUAGAUGACAUGCUGGAGAGAGCCAGUGGUGACAGCUGGACCACCAGCAGGGCGGGUCCUGCGGCCUUAGAGGGAAGGACCUUCCUGGGAGGGCUGCCGGAAAAAGGCCUGAACAACCUGACCGGCUGCCUCAGCAACGUCUUCAUAAGGAGAGAAAAUGGCUCUCAGAUGGUUCUGAACUUGCUGCAGUCGGAAGAGAACGUGAAUGUUCCUUUUGACUGUCCUGCAGCUAAAAAACCUCAGCAGAUCAUCGCCUCGCAGCCCAAGCACAGCAACAAACCUAAGGGUAAAAACAAGAAAAAAACAGGAUCACCAGGAUCCCAACGUCGUUAUACCAGGGAGUCGUGUCGGGGGGAGCUGUCCCUCCCUGAAAGUAGAGCGGUGCACUUCAGCGGCUCCGUGCACAGCUACCAGAGAUACGACUCUGCACCCAGCUUGUUCAGCUCCAUGUCUCACCUCUCCAUGUGGCUGAGGAUCAACUCCUCCGAGGGCCUGGUGCUGUUUACGGCCGGACGGCAGCGCGGGGGAACUGUAAUGUCACUUAGCGUCUCAGAUGGCUACCUGCAGCUUUCAUUAGAUGGAGGAAAGAGGAAAGUCAUCCUGCGCAGCCAGAAGAAGUACAACGAUGACCAGUGGCACAUGGUCUUGAUAAAGCACGAAGCACAGAAGAUCAGCCUGAUAGUGGAUGGUAUCAGUGCUCAGAGUAAGAGAAUGCCCAGAGCAGACAGGACUCACAUCCCUGGGUCUCUAUAUAUUGGAGGAGUCCCACCCUCAGUGAUGGUCCCCCCCUCUAACGGAUUCAGGGGUUGUGUCCGGGAUCUGAAACUGAACCAAAUCCCUGCAGGAACUCCAGCUCACAGCCAGGGGACGGUGCCCUGUUUUAUAAACCCCUUACAGCCAGGAGCAUACUUCUCUGGACAGGGAGGACACAUCGCACUUGGAGAUGACUACUUGGUUUGGGGUCAGGAUGUAGAGAUCCAGCUGGACGUUCGACCCAUCCGGGACUCUGGAUUGCUGUUGCAUGCUGGGAUAUUACCUGAUCAAUAUAUGAGAUUGGUCCUCAGUCAGGGAGAGGUGACGGUUUCAGUAUACAGUGGCAGAAGUCAAUUUUCCAUCUCCGUCACUCCUGAAGAUUCUUUGUGUAACGGUCGCUGGCACACUAUUAAAGUGGUGAAGAAAAACGGCAUUCUGCAGCUGCAUGUGGAUGGAACCAGCCGGCAGAGUGUCUGCCCCAAACAGAACCACUCUGCGUCAACCAAAGCAAGCGUUUACCUUGGAGGUGUCCCAGGUGGUGAUGAAAUGCCCAGCCUACCUAAAGGUUUCCCAGCCUUCCACGGCUGCAUCAGCAGAGCUCUCAUCAACCACAGACCCGUCCUGAUGUCUCCAUCAGUCUCUGUGCACGGAGCCGUGGGGACACAAGGCUGUCCACACAUGUAGACCCAACAGUCCUUUCCUCAUAUUCCCGACCGUAAAAUACUGGUGGUGGAUGUCACAUUACUGCAGCAUAUUGAUUUGUAUUUUUUGGUUGGGUUGUAAUAUUUUUAUGCUACAGGGUGUUACAUCUCUAUGCAUAAGCAGUUGUAACCGUUGUAUGGAUACAAGUUAAUCAGUGACUUUGAAAUGAAAAUUCAAAUCAGUCCUAAAAGUGUGUAUUAUGUAAAAGACGUUUCAUCUGGACUCUUUUUUUUUUUCUCAACAAAAUAUAAAUAAAUUGCAAUCAUUAUUAAUCUGCAAUAUUCAAGUGAAAGAUGUAUACAGCCGUCUACCAUAGAUGUUUGGCUCAGACAUGUUUUUAUUCCUACCGCGUCAGUAUCAUGAACACUGUCAUUCUGUUACGUCCUUCUGCUGCAGACAGCUUGUCCAUUUUUUACGUAAUGUGUUCAAAGUUGUCAGUUUACUGUAUUAAUGCCAUGCUGUUUAAAAAAAAAACCAUGGACUUCUGACAAAAAUAAACACAUUGACAUACUUGUUGCAACCUUCACACAAACCCCCAAUAAAAACAACCCCGGAACACAAUGAAACUCCCUCGUCUUCUGUUCAAGUUGCAGAGAUGCAUCUGCUCCCUCUUGUG